AAGUGGAAUCUCUUUCUCUGGAGUUUGGCCAUCUGUUGGGAGGGAUUGGAUGGGGACUCCCUGCCUGGCAGAAGGGGGGCGGGGUUGGACUGGGUACCUGCCGGGCUGUCUUCCAAGGCUAGGAUUAUGGGAUCUCAUGCCUCCAAUCGCACAGCAGGAUACUGGCCUUAAUCUCCGGUCGGUGGGUGAGUGACAGCUGGGCUGCCCGGCCUCCUUAAUGCCGUUAGCCGAGCGCCUCCCUUGCCCCGCCUGACCCAGAUCAGGAGCCAGAGGCUCUCGGUCACGGCUGGUCCCCUUUUCGGGGAGGCAUGGCGCUCCAGACGCCCCUUCCUCCCAACCUCCGCCGAGGCCUGACCACCUUCAGCGGCUCCCUCUUUGUCAACAACAAGACGGGUGACGCCGGGGCAGCCCAGGUCUAUCACCCAGGCCACGCCGUGCUCUCCAGCUUGCCCUUGCAAAUGAUGCUCUACUUCAACGCCUUCUAUUUCCCCUUCUGGUGCCUCUCGGAAGGGAUCAUGCUCCAACUCAAGUUCAGCUUGCUGCCGGCAUACAACCAGUUUCUGCUUCUCUCCGCAUACCUGACGAUCACGCUUGCGGAAGUCUUGCGCCUCUACCUCGGAUACAUUGGGAAUUUGCAAGAAAAGGUCCCUGAACUGGCCGGCUUCCUCCUCCUGUCCUUGAUGAUCGAGGUGCCCACCGUGCUGUUCAUCCUGGCGGACAUGUACACCCUGCGCCUGCCCCUGGAGACGGCGGUGAACCUGCUCCUGCUCCUCUUCCUUGUCGCCGAGAUCGCUGCCGCCUUCCGGGCCCUCAAGCACAUGAGCAAGCAGCUGGCCAUGCAGUUCUACCUCAAGCAGUUUGAAGAAGGAGUUGGACAAACCCCUGGCGAUGGGCACAAGGGGCAGUGGGUUUGGGGCUCCUGAUGCCCGCCGGCCCUGGACCCACCUCACUGAAACACUCACAGAUCUUUGGCCCACCUCCCCAAAAAAGAGCCGUAAUGGGAUUGGGCCAUUGCCAGCUGAAUUGGGCGACAUAAAACCAUUCCGUCCAAAGCAACAAAAGUCAAUGGCGAUAGAAAGAAGGUCGGAAUAUGACAUGCCAAAGUGACUUGAUAGGAGACUUUUAUUUUUUUCAUCUUUGGGUUUUUAGCUGUACCUGACUCCAAUCUUAUUGGAAGCCACUUUGGGAGCCAGCAAGGGCCUCAAUAAAGGAGAGGGAAAUAAAAUAUAGUUUGGAGCAGCAAAA